GUCUACAGGGGGCUAAAAAGCUAGGGACAUGUCCAAUCCACUCCCAUGCGUUUUUGGCCUCGUGGGGCAUCAUUAUUGCCCUUCGCUUCCUCAAUCCUUUUCCCCACCGUCUACCAGCUAAGCCAGCAAGCCAACCGACGAACUAGCUGUCCGACAUUUUCUCUUUACAGCCGAUCGACUGCUCCCAAAGCAUGUGCGCUAGACCCUAAGAAAGCUGGAAAGAGCAGGGGUACACCAGAAGGGGGUCAGGGCUAUCGAGCGGGAUCUGCAACACCCCCCCGUCUGUCUGUCUGUCUUGUCCCGGUCUGGUCUGUUCACACAACUGAAAACCCCAGCGCCGAUCGGGUCCUCAACUUGUCGUUAGCCCCAAUGAUGCAUGUCUCACUAGGUCACUCUUACACGGGGCGGCACUUUUAAGGAUACUUUCUUUUCUAGCGUGGGGCUCGGCGUGUGCUGAGCUGUGCUGAGCUGCGCUGGCAGAACCAGACGAGAUGAGAGUUGGUCGACUUGCUCUGGUCUAGAUAUGAAAUAGUAGG